CCGGGCAUCCAUUCAGCGUUCAAAAGGUGCCAUUUUUCACGCGCGGGAUUUGUUUACUUAAAUGGGUGGUCAAUUUCUUUUAAGCAAAAUUUCAAAAUAAACACGGCGGGCCAACGACUUGGGUGGGCACGUUUAAUUGAUGUGGGGAUUUUAUAAACAAACCCAAGAGACGAGAGCCGGUCGCUAUUGGCUAAAGGUGCAGUGGGGAGGAAAAGGGGAAGAAAAAAAAGCUGAGCAUGCCUAGCAAUGCAGCGUGGACGGAGCGAGUAAAGAUAGCAAGCCAAGGCUUUUGUAUAACCAACAAGCCGUGGCUGCGUGCGUUUCUAUGGCGUGGGUGGCAGAGACCAGCCCCCUGUUUCUUACUGGUGCACAGACAUCGACGUUGUUAAUCACUGUUGCAUUUGUAGUGCCUCAUCGGGAAGGAAAGUCAACCCCAAAUGAACACACAACAACAUUAAACAAUCCUAAAACAAAAUAAUGGGACUACAACAAGAAUAACAGUGGACCGCCUUAAAUGCGCCGAGCUUUGCGGCACGACAUGUCACAAGCAGCGCUGGGACGUCCUGGAGCGUGUUCGCCGUAAGCACGCUAGGCACAAUCCUGACCCACGGACACGAGUUAUCAAGUUAUAAAGAAACCACACUUCGCUUGUGCGAUUCUUUUUUCAAACUUUCUAGAACUGUUUCCAGACUUGUUGGUGUUCAUCAUGGCGUCUCUUGGAGCUCUGUAUCCCGGUUUUGCCCAUCAUCACCCCGGACAUUACAUCCUGGCUGGACAUCAUCACAACCCGUACUUUUACAGCGCCAGGGAGAUGGCGUAUGCUAGCCCAAUGCAGCUGGGGAUGUUAGCUCCGAUUGACCGUAGGGAAGCCCCCCAGAAACCGCCUUAUUCCUACAUCGCACUCAUCGCCAUGGCUAUACGUAGCGCACCUGACAAAAAGAUCACGCUGAACGGCAUCUAUCAAUUCAUCAUGGACCGGUUCCCUUAUUACCACGACAACAAGCAAGGUUGGCAGAACUCUAUCCGUCAUAAUCUCAGCCUGAACGAUUGCUUCGUAAAGGUUCCCCGUGAGAAGGGGAAGCCGGGUAAAGGUAACUACUGGAGCCUGGCCGUCAACUGUGACGAAAUGUUCGAGAACGGCAACUUCCGGCGACGGAAACGGCGACCCAAGUCAGCCAACGGAGCCAAGAGUCAGGGGAGAGAAGAAUGUCAGAAAGACGAUCACACAGCAGAUUCCUCAGACCAGACAAUAAGGGAGGAAGAAGCCACUAAAGGGACACAGAAAUCAGGGCAAUCCGCAGUGAGUCCAGAUCAGGAUCACACUUUGGCACGUAUGCGACACCUGAGUGAACUCGGUGACAAGGGACCCGUGAAAAGUGACACGAGUUGUGUGGAGGUCGACAGCUGCAACAUGAUUGACCACACACAACAUGACGACCCUGACAACGACAUGAGCGCGGACAGCGACCCAGAAUGCUUUGGCGACGACCGACCGGCCGCGACAAUUCCGAGGUCGACUGGCCAAGUUCCUGUUCCUUUGACCCCGGUCCAAAGACCGCCCCUCGGAUCACCUCUUCUACCGGCCGUCAAGUCAGAAGAGCGUAAACCACGGAGUUCCUUCUCUAUCGAAAGUUUGUUGGCGACACCGACUAACGACCAUGAGCACCAAAAUCUCCUGAAUCGCAAGAGACCAUGUUCCCAAGACUCCGGCAAUGAAGAUGACAACGACGAUGACGUGUCCUACUGCAAGCGACCCUGUUAUGAGAAUUACGGACACAGCAAGCCCCGGUCACUCUCCGUGGUGACUGAUCGUCACACACAGGCGUUCCAAGUGCAAGGGAACCACGGCGGUAUCGUACCGCGAUCUACCGGGGAAAACCUCUGGCAGCGGGUUCGCUCGGCGGAAAAGGUCGGCCUCAGUCAAGAUAAGUACCUGGCAGAAACCACGCUGCGGUAUCGGACUUACUCGGCUUUAACGGGAGCAGGUCAGAGAGACAGCGGUUACCCGGCCUAUCGUUUGCCGUCAGCUGCUGCUUUGUCCCCUUCACCACAUUACCCCAGCCCCGCUACGCCAAACAGACCUUGGGCAUACAGUCCCUACAUUUCACCGCUCAUCUUAUCCCACCAACAAGCGGCAACUUCACUGGUCUCCUACCAGUAAUCACAGACUCAAAUGAACUGUAUGUUAUCUGUUUUGUUUGUGAAAACCGUUAAGGUUAAUAUCACUUUUCAAAAAAUCCCUUCCUCAAAGAAGCUUUAAACAGUGUUAAAUCUGUGUCUGUUAAAACUAAAUAUGAAUAUUCUGCGAUGAUGUGUAAUGAAUGCUGUAAAUAAUUGUAAAUUUGAAUGUGCAUUGUCAGAUCGAAUGACUAAUAUAUUUAUACGUUUGCCGUGAUAACAAUCUUACCAAAAAAAAAUUGACUUUUCACUGAAAUUUGCUUUAGUUUUUAAUCGCCUAACCAACUUUUAUUAGACCAAAUUUAUUGAAUUACUUUAUCAGAUACAGCCAACAGCUAGAGAUGUUGUGAAGAGUGAAUAUAAAAAUUGAUGACUUUCAAAUAAUAUUUUUUUUAUGGUUUCAGACUGUUAUACAAUUCAUGUGAGAAUCAACGUUUAAAAGGUAAAUACUGGCACCCAAGUCAACGUUUGCUCCGAAAAGCUCAAAUAUUUUAAGUUCAAAUAUUCGGUCACUUUUUCUGCAUUUAAAUUUUUUUCGAAGAUUUCACAACUGCAUUAAGAAAAAGUUUAAUAUCAUGGUCAAAAGUUUCCCCAAAUUAACAAGGCUAACUGAAAGGACAUAGGGAGUUCGAAACCAGACUGACUUCACAUAAACAAUGUUAAGGCCUAAUUACAUUAUGCACUGUGUGAUUCAUUUCAGCUAUAUUUGAGAACAUUUAAUUUCAAGUGGAACUCAUAAAGGAGGACACACGUGGGAGUUUUUACCAGAUACCUCAAGAAGUCAGCAUUUUGAUUCUUAGAGUAUAAUUAAUUUGAUGCAGUUUAUUGUAUAAAUAAAACAAGUUCGAUGCGCAAGAAGUAGACCUUCCUUCUGAAGACAGAAAUCUUGCAUAAUUGGAAUGUACUAAGUUGGUUUAAGACAAAAGACAAACAACUCACAAUCCAGCAUUAUGUUCUGAAGCUAUACACUCUAAAAGGUCCUGGGUCACAUGUGACUUGAUACUUUUCCAGGUCAAAAUGACACUUUUCCGGAAAGUGAUCAAGACAAGUGUCAGUUUGACUCGGAAAAGUAUCAGUUACAAUAACCUGUUUGUGUUAAUAUAAAACCGGACGGAAAGUAUUAAAACAAAAUACUCGGAUCAUAAGAGUCAUAUCUUCAUAGUUCAUACCCUUGUCUAUAGAAUGUGUGAAAUAUGCACAUCUUUACGCUGAAAUCUCAAGAUGGCUGUUCCCAAAUUCACAUAAGAAAAUACAAAGACGCUGCCCACCUUUUGAUACAAAACAGCCACCCGGUGAAUGGAGGUACGGGUCAAGUUUGAGGAGUCGUAAAAACUGUUAAGAAGAUGGUUUACCUAGCUAUUGGAAGCUGCACACGGUUAUAAACGAUCGUUCUAUACCAACAUGGUUUCCGUGUUAAACUUUGGUCAAACAUGCACAAGCAAUUCCUGAAGUUACACGGGGAAAAAAGGGCGAGUAAUCUUUAACUCUUCGCACUAUUAAGAUUUAAAGUUGGCCUACAGGAAAAAAUGUGGCAGAUGAACGG